AUGGAACGAUCGCGACAGCGUAUGGACACCCGCCGACAGUUUCAAGAAGAGUACAACGAAUACCUUGAGUUCAGGAACUUCCUCGAACUACGGGAAGCUGGAAACAUGUCGCAGUCCUCAUCAUCAGCAAAACCAGCCCAAGACUUCACAGACAUACUGCCACAACAGCAGCUGAAGUCCAUGUCUGAUCUCGACAAAGAAGAAGAAGCACGGCUGGCAAAGACACAUCGCGCCAAGGCCGUGAAGAUGGGUGUGGGGAUCUGUCGGUGGGUUGGGAAGUUGGCUAGUACUAAGGCGAAGAAUGAGGGUAGGGGAAAGAAGGACGAGGAAGCUAAGUAG